AUGGAUGUUUCACUCAGUUUCUUUGACAAGGCAGCAGUGGAAACUGAAUCAGACCGGAUCAAAGGCUCAGUUAAUGCAUGGAGACUCUGCACUGUUACACAGGUUGAAGAACUCAAGUCCAUUAUCCGAUUACUCCCUAUAUGGGCCUCUGGCAUCAUCUUCAGCUGUGUCUACAGUCAAAUGGGCACUUUAUUUGUCCUCCAGGGCAACACAAUGGACCUUAACAUUGCCCAUUCAUUCCAAAUCCCCUCAGCUUCUCUCUCCCUUUUCGACACCAUCAGCGUAAUCUUUUGGGUUCCUGUCUACGACCGUGUUAUCGUGCCUUUGGCCCGGAGGCUCACGGGCCACAAAAAUGGUUUUACGCAGCUUCAGCGUAUUGCAAUUGGCCUUGUCAUCUCCAUUUUUGCUAUGUUGGCUGCUGGAACUUUAGAGCUCAUCAGGCUGAGACUUGUACGAGAGAACAAUUACUAUGAGCUCAAACACAUACCAAUAUCAGUUUUUUGGCAGGUGCCACAAUAUUUCAUAAUUGGUUGUGCAGAAGUUUUUACAUUCAUCGGUCAACUGGAGUUCUUCUAUGAGCAAGCCCCGGACGCCAUGAGAAGCCUGUGCUCGGCUCUUUCACUUACCACGGCCGCUCUCGGGAACUAUUUAAGCACUGUCUUGGUCAGUAUUGUUACAGAAUUGAGUACUAGGCAUGGUGGCCCUGGGUGGAUACCUGAUAACUUGAAUUAUGGACAUCUUCACUACUUUUUCUGGCUUCUGGCAGUGUUGAGUGUGCUCAAUUUGGGAAUGUACCUCUUGGUUGCAAAGUGCUACACGUAUAAGAAGGCAAUAGAUCCAUCAACUGAUACCAUGGCAUGA